GAUAAUGGGUGAUCGACAUCGAGGUCGUGGUCCGGUUAAUGUUCUCGAAGAUAUCCAAUGGUUGCUAGAUCGUGGUAUUCUGCAUGGUGAACUAAGAGAUGAGAUAUAUGUUCAAAUAUGUAAACAGCUUACUAAGAAUCCCAACAGUGAGAGCGUUAGAAAAGGGUGGGAACUCCUUUGUGUGAUGGCAGUGACUUUUCCACCUUCGAAAAAUUUUGAGGUCUACCUUAUGCAAUUUGUAAGCGAACAUUUUAACAUCCAAGAAAAUCAAGUGGACUUGUUGAGUAAGCACGUGCACAGUAGGUUAACACGAAUAUGCAAACGUGGCCCAAAGGGUAAAGUACUAACACUGGCGGAAAUCGAGAGAGCAAAAGAAGCACCAUUUAAUCCUUCGGUAUUCGGCGAAUCCCUAGAGUUUGUGAUGGAACUUCAGAAGAAGACGCAUCCAGAACUCAAAUUACCGCGCAUUCUACCUUUUCUGGCUGACGCAAUUCUCGAAUUGAAGGGUCAAUCAUCCGAAGGUAUAUUCCGAGUUCCGGGUGAUGCUGAAUUUAUUACUGAACUGAAAUUAAGAAUCGAAAAGAAUCGCUACGACAUCAGCGGAAUUACCGAUCCCAACGUUCCGUCAUCUUUGCUAAAAUUUUGGUUACGAGAUUUGGUGGAACCGUUGAUACCGACCGAUUUUUACGACAGGUGCAUAAAACACGCGGAAGACAAGGACAUGACUAUUGAAAUUGUGAAGAGUUUACCAGAGAUUAACAAAAGGGUUGUAGUGUAUACAAUAGAUUUUCUACAGAAAUUUGAUAACCCUGAAACGGUGACGCAGACGAAAAUGAAUGUGCACAAUCUGGCGAUGUGCUUCGCACCAAAUUUUCUCAGGUGUCCGUCAGACAAUUUAUCCGUAAUAUUUGAAAACACCAAGUACGAACAAGC